CUGGCUGGAGUGUCAAUGUCACAAAAUGUGCUAAUGUCAAUAUGAUUUUUGAUUGAAGGAACUUGUACGCAAAAGGCACGGUCGAGUUUCGAUCGAAUAUUACAUUUUCAAGCACUGAGAUUACACAUUUUUGAAAAAUAUGGCUUUCAGAACCACCGCUAUUGUUCGAAGCAACAUGAAGAAAUGGGCCUACAACUUGUCUGGAUUUAACAAGUACGGUCUCCUUCGUGACGACUGCCUUCAUGAGACCGAGGAUGUGACGGAGGCACUCCGCCGCCUCCCACAACAUGUUGUUGAUGAACGCAACUUCCGCAUCGUACGAGCCCUGCAACUGUCUCUCACCAAGACCAUCCUCCCCAAGGAAGAGUGGACCAAAUGGGAGGAAGACCAGCUCUACCUCACACCUAUUGUAGACCAAGUGAAGAAGGAGAGACUAGAGAAAGAGAACUGGGAGAAGAACUAUUAAAUAGCAGUUGUUGUAAUGUUUGGUGUAUUAUUAUUUAAAUAAAUUUAGCAUCGUUCAAA